AUGCUUCCCGAGCGACCGCGUCGCUCCCGAGUCUCCAGAGCGCGGAAGGGUCGUCGCACCUGCCACCGGCACGGCCGCGACGUCGACGAGACCGACGCGAGCGCCGUGACACUCACCAACCUCGAGCGACACCGCGCGUCGCACUACACGCAGUGCUACAACGGCAUGAUCCGCACGACCUUUGUGACGAAGAGUCUGGCGCCGCUGCUGGACAAGUUCGAGUCGAUCGACGCUUUUCGACGGCCGCGGAAGCGCUACACCCUCGUGGACCCACUGCCCAAGCUACGCGCCGAUGCCAACAGCCUCCGGCGCGACGCCGUCCUCGCGCUCACGCGGCACACGCGAACCGGUGGCCGCUUCUCGGCGCUCAAGGGCGAUCUGGAGGCGACCACGGACGCGCUGGCGCAGGUGCGCAUUUCUCGACUCGCGUUCGCCUCGUCCUUGCACAACUCGCGGUGCGAGUACUGCUCGCAAACGGGCGGCGAACUCGCUUGCGUCAUGUGCAACGUCGUUGCGCACACCGCGUGCUAUCUCGAGGCGUGGAAGGGACUCGCGAGGCGCGGCCCCGUGAGCUUUGAGGUCCAAGGCGACGACAAGACCAAGUGGAUAUGCACCUACUGCGAAGAAGACUUGCAAGACGAGCACGAGGCCCAAACAACGCGCUAUCGGCACAACCGAAAGCUGCAAAAGGAAAUGGCGUGCGCGCGGCUCAUCACCGGCUACGCGCGCAUGUCGAAAGAAGCACGACUCUUCGUGCGCAAGAAGGAGUGUGCAGUGCGCAUCCAAGCUCACAUUCGAGGCAAGCUCGCGCGCCGAGCCUUUAACGCGAUGCAGCGCCUGCGCAUUCGCCCGUACGUGGUCAACCUAAUGAGCCUCCAUGGUCUCGGGGCCGAGGGCGAUGCAUCGGCCAAGUCGCCGCGCUCGACGACCGGGGACGACGACGCGUGUACGGAGACGCGCCUUCCGAACGGCUUUCUCUGCAACCCGUUCGUGGUGUUCCACAUUGUCGCUGAGCACGACGACGAAGCCCAGCACUUUGAGAGCGCGAUCCAGCGCGGUUCGAACGAAGUGGCGUGGAACGAAGCCAUUUUCGUGCCCGGCGUCGACGGGAACGUCACCAUGUGCUUUACGGUGCUGAGCAAGAACGGCCCCAACAACUUUUUCCUGGGCCAAGGCACGCAUCUCCCACGCAUGGUGCGCAUGAGCGGUACGGAGAUCUGGCGGUAUGGCGCCAACCUCGAGCUUCUGAUCCGGCCCGAACUCGAAGUCAUCCCCAAGGCUGGGCACAACAAGCUCAUGCGCAUCCAGGACAUUGGCUCGAUUACGCGCGAGCUCACGCUGUCGGUGCACAUCAAGCAGUUUGCGGACCCGGUCGCCAACUGCGGCUACAUGCAGUCGAUCAACUCGAUCGACUCGGCCAAGGGCAACAGCCGCUGGUGUGUGCUCGCCGACGGCAUCUUUCGCAUCUACCGGCACUACGGGCUCACGCUCGCGUUCGAGACGCUCAAGAUGAUGCAUGCGAGCGAAGUGCAGCUGCUCACCGUGACGCCGCACCACGCGGCCAACCUGACCAAACACACGGCCAAGCACUCGACGGUGGUGUUCGUCCAGCACGAGCAGCGCGUGUAUCUGCUGCGCGCCGACUCGAACAAGGCCAACAUGACGUGGUCCAAGAAGCUGCAUUUCGCGAUGAAGCAGCACAAAACCACGUACUGA